UCUUGAUUUUACUUUCUUUGACCCCCUUUUUUCUUUUCUGCUCGUUUUGUGUCUGAGUGCAUUACUUUGUUCCUGCGUUCACGAUGCCGCCGAAGAGGAAAGGAACGCCUGGACAGCGCGCCGUGACCGAGCCGCCAAAGUCGGGCGACAUGAAGAAGCCGCAGAAGGCGCACUACGGCGACACGAAAAAGCGCGCUGUUGGCGUCGACGACAUGACGAUGCUCUCCAAAGUCCAAAACGAAAACAUCAACGACAACCUCAAGCUCAGAUUCGAAAACAAGACCAUCUACACGUACAUUGGCCACGUCCUCAUCUCGGUCAACCCGUACCGCGACUUGGGCAUCUACACGACGGAGAUCCUCGAGUCGUACACUGGCAAAAACCGCAUCGAGAUGCCACCGCACGUCUUUGCGAUCGCCGAGGACGCGUACCGCACCAUGAGCGCUUAUUCGGAAAACCAGUGCGUCAUUAUCUCUGGCGAGUCGGGAGCAGGCAAGACGGAGGCUGCCAAGAAGAUUAUGCAGUAUAUUGCUGCCGUGUCUGGUGGUGGCAACAAAGCCGAGCACGUGAAAGACAUGCUCCUCGCCACCAACCCUGUCUUGGAGGCCUUUGGAAACGCCAAGACACUCCGAAACAACAACUCGUCGCGCUUUGGCAAGUACUUUGAGAUUGAGUUUAUCGACGGCUCGCCCGGUGGCGGCACAAUUCACAACUACCUGCUGGAGAAGUCCCGCGUCUCAUCCCAAAUCCGUGGCGAACGCAACUUUCACAUCUUCUACCAGCUGUGCCGCGGCGCGUCGCAAAAGUGGCAGACGGAUUUCAGCAUCUACGGCCCCGAGUCGUUCACGUACACGUCGCAGGCGGGAUGCUUGGACGUGCCCGGGAUGGACGACACCCAGGACUUUGCCGAGACGCUGAAUGCGCUCAAGAUCAUUGGCGUGCCAGAAAAGGAGCAGUACGACUUGUUCCGUCUCGUGUCGGCCGUCCUCUGGCUCGGCAAUGUCGAAAUCGCCGAGAAUGCCGACCAGGCGUAUGUGACCGACCCCAGCACGCUGGCACAUGUUGCGUACUUGCUCGAGGUUCCCCAAGAGAUGCUCGACGCGUGCUUCCGCGAGCGCCAGGUCGAGACCAAGCGCGGUGGCCGACGCGGCACCUUGUACAAUGUGCCGUUGAACGGCGCGCAGUCAGCGGCGGUGCGUGAUGCCUUGUCCAAGUCCAUCUACAAUCGCAUCUUUGACUGGCUGGUCGAGCGCAUCAACGUCGUCCUGUCUGUCAAAACCAACCAGCCGCUGGUGGUCGGCGUGCUGGACAUUUACGGCUUUGAAAUCUUUGACAAGAACGGCUUUGAGCAGCUGUGCAUCAACUAUGUCAACGAGAAGCUCCAGCAGAUCUUUAUCGAGCUCACGCUCAAGGCCGAGCAGGAAGAGUACGAGCGCGAGGGCAUCCAGUGGACGGCCAUUCCCUUUUUUAACAACAAGAUUGUGUGCGAUCUGAUUGAAGAGCGCCGCCCGCCCGGCAUUCUUGCCAUCAUGGACGACGCUUGCGCGACCGCGCACGCCGAUCCGGAGGCUGCCGACCGCUCCUUGCUCCAGCGUCUCGGCACCCUCUCGUCGAACGCGCACUUCUCGUUGGGCGGCGUCAGCUUUAUCAUCAAGCACUACGCUGGCGACGUCACGUACGACGGCGCCGGCAUGACGGAGAAGAACAAGGACCAGCUGGUCGUCGAUUUGCUCGAGGUCAUCAACGCCUCGUCCAAUGCCUUCCUGAACAAGCUCUUCCCUGAAAAGGCGGAUCGCGACACCACCAAAAAGCCCACGACGGCUGGAUUCAAGAUUCGCACUUCCUGCAACGAGCUUGUCGAGGCCCUGAUGCAAUGCAACCCGCACUACAUUCGCUGCAUCAAGCCCAACGAGAGCAAGUCGCCCACGGAGUACGACACGAAACGAUGCCUGCACCAGAUUCGGUAUCUCGGCCUGCUCGAGAACAUUCGCGUGCGUCGCGCUGGUUUUGCCUACCGUCAAGUCCACGAAAAGUUCCUCGAGCGCUUCUACCUGCUGUCGCGCCGCACUUCGUAUGCCGGCGAGUACACUUGGCAGGGCGAUGCCGUUGGCGGAACCCGAUGCAUUCUGGAAGACUGCGGCAUUGCGCGCGAGGAGUGGCAGAUGGGUCGGUCCAAGACCUUUUUGCGCCACCCAGAGUCGCUGUGGGCCCUGGAGCACCUGCGUGAGAGGUACUGGCACAACAUGGCCAUGAAAAUCCAGCGUGCGUGGCGCGGCUUUUUGCGCUACCGCAACGAGUGUGCUAUCCGUGUCCAGCGCGCCUACCGCUCGUGGGUGGGUCUGCGCACCUUUUUGCAAAUGCGAGACUAUGGCCACGACGUGCUCAGCUUCCGCAAGGAGCGCCGUCGCUUCUCGCUCAUCUCGCAGCGUCGCUACUUGGGUGACUAUGUUGAUUUCCGCUCGGACAUGACGCUGCAGGGCGCGUGCGGUCCGACCAUUGGGCGCGAAAACACAAUCUUUUCAUGCCGUUGCCAAGUGCUCGUGCACAAGCUUUUGCGGGCGAGCAAGCCUGCCCCGCGCUUCCUCGGCGUGACCGACCAGGCCAUGUACCUGAUUGCGGCAACCGUGGAGAAGAACAUGGCUGUGCUCACGCUCGAGCGCCGCAUCCCGCUGUCGUCGAUUGGUGGUUUCUCCCUGUCGCCCUACCAGGACGACUACAUUGUGGUCCACGUUCCGACCGAGUACGACACCGUGCUCAUCACGCCGUUCAAGACCGAGCUCGUCACGACCAUUGCGUGGCAUCGCGGGGGCAAUGUGCAGGUGGACGUGCAAGCCAACAUUGAGUUUUCCAAAAAGCCCGGCAAGAAGAGCGUGCUCGAGUUUGCCAAGGACGAAAUGGCCGGCACCGAAGGUGUGUUGAAGAAGGGCAAGAUUGUGGUGGCCUCUGGCUCGCCGUCCAACUCGGUCUCCGACCCUCCGUGCCGCAAGCGCCAGGCCGCUGCUCAGCCAAUCACCAAGGGCCGUCUUCUUAAGAAGGGCGGUCCCUCGAAUCGACCUGCCAACAAUGGCGCAGCUGCGAAUGGCGGCGGUGCCAGCGCCUCGAGCGCCUCGGCUGCUGGCAAGAGUGCUGGCAGUUCGAAGGGCGCGGCGCCUGUGGCUCCGCCUCAGAGAAGCGACAAACCGGCCGCCGCGGCUUCCAAUGCGGCGCCAAAGUUCCGUGCGACCUUCCAGUACGACUCGACCGACCCUGGUGAGCUUUCCUUCCCCGAAGGAGCAGUUCUCGAGGUCCUCAAGAAGGAUCCCAAUGGCUGGUGGCAUGCCAAGUACCAGGGCCAGGAGGGAUGGGUGCCAUCCAACUAUCUCGUGGAGGUGAUUGAGGCCAAGGCAGCGCCUGCACCUGCAGCAGCUCCCAAGCGUGCAGCACCUGCAGCUGCAGCUGCUCCGGCCGCCGACGACAGGGACGAGGACGAGUCGAGCGGUCGAGGCACGGUUUCUCGUGCUGCCGCCGCCGCGCCCAAGCCUUCUGGUGGCGUGGCCAUGCCUGCUGCUGCGGCUGGAGGCACAUUGCGAAAGGCUCCUGGCGCGCCCGCCGGUGCUGGUGCCGGUGGUGCUGCUGCUGGUGCUGGAUCAACUCUGGCUGGAGGGACUGGCACGCUGCGCAAAGCGCCUGCAGCCCCAGGUGCCGCUUCUGCUGCCGCUGCCGCUGCUGUGCCAAAGCCAGCCCUCAAGCCAGUGUGAAGCCGCCGGGCUCUGACUCGGCUGUUCUCACCAAGCCGAAGCCCGCGACCACUCCGGCUGCUGCUUCUGCUGCGAGCUCGGACGACUGGGGCGAGGAUGCCGCAGAGCCUGCGGCCGUUGCACCCAAGCCCAAGCCUGCCGCUGCGUCCGCCGCAUCACCGCUCAAGCCCGCCGGACCUCCCAAGCCAGCUGCCGGCGCCGCCACCAAGCCUGGCGUUACUGCUCCGGCCAUGAAGCGACUGUCCUCUGGCGCCGCCACCGCGACCUCGACUCCGUCUCCUACACGCCGUCAGCCUGCUGCUGGCGCUGGUGCUGGUGCUGCCGGUGCUGCUGCCUCUCCGGGAGCUGCCACUCGACCAGCGCCAGGAGCUGGACCGGCGGCUCCCAAGCCCGCUGUUGGCGCGGCGGCGCCCAAGCCUGCUGCUCCUGCGUCUGCUGGCGGCCCGGUGGCUCCCAAACCCGCACCCGGUCCUGGCGCACCGAAGCCGGUUCCAAGCGCAACUGCACCAAAGCCCGCUCCAGGCGCUGCUGCUCCGAAGCCGGCGCCCAGUGCCGGAGCGCCCAAGCCCGCUGUUGGUGCAGUUGCGCCCAAGCCUGUGCCAUCCGCCGGUCCUCCAAAGCCAGCUGCACCCGGUCCAGGCGCCGCCGCACCCAAGCCCGUGGCGAGCAAACCAGCGCCCGCCCCAGCUUCCAAGCCGGCGCCCGCUUCCGCUCCCAAGCCAGCUGCAGCCGCACCGAAGCCCGCCGCCGCCGCAGCAGCAGCGCCGAGCAACCCCGUUCUUGCCAAGGCAUUGCCAAAGCGCCAAGACUCGGACGACGAAAAUAAUGACGACGAGUGGGAUUAAAUCCUCCCUUGGUCGCCUGACUCUUUUGGAGUCAAUCAUUGCUCUUGAUAUCAGUGUGUUCUUUGUAUAAAUGUGAGAAAGUUUAGCGUGGCAUGAAAUGAUUAAACUUAACCAAA